AUGGCAACCCACACAGUAAUCCCCGGCGACGACAUCUACGGCCCGGGCUCAUACAUCGACAAACAACCCAUCCCCGUCCCCCAAGACGCUCGUCGCAUCUUUGAAUACCUAGCCAAAACCACCCCCGGGUUCACUCAAGACCAGCGACACUGGGACAAUGUCACCUUCAACGGUCGUCCAGAGCCCUCAAUCCCAGGCCCUAUCAAAGCACCCGUGGUAGCGGCUGCGCUGCACGCCAUGUGUGGUGUUGUUGCAAAUGAGAUUGUCGAAGACCGCGAUAACCAAAAGCAAUCGAGUGAGCAGGCAAAAGUGUCUGUGAACACGGACCACGCGGCGAUCUGGAUGGGAAGUAUCUUCACGCCGCACAUCAACGGGACGGAUGUACAGGAUUUGUUCAAGGCGAAUAAAUUGGGUGCCUUGUUUGAGAAAGAUCUUGAACACGGAUGGAUGGAUAGUUUUAUGAACUUGCGCACCACUGCGAUUUACAAGACUGCUACGCCUGGUGUGUGGUACCAGCUUCACGGCUCGCUGGAUGCAGCCCCAGUCCUGCGCUCAAUGGGCAUGGACCCAGAGUACCCAGCCAAGACGCCGUACGAAGCAUAUGAGUACAUCGCCUCGCACGUUGAGAAAUGGAUGGCCGACGAGCUGGAGAUGCACAAUGUGCGGAACGGUUUCUGUGGUGAAAUCUGCUACACGCCCGGUGACUGGCGCAAGACGGAAAUGGGCAAGCGGCUCGCUGAACACCCGCUCAUCAACUAUAAGCGCCAGUCGCACGCUAUUCCCACGCCGCCCACCCCAUUUCCUUCACGCAUUGGAUCAAGUGACCGUCGCCCGCUUGCCGGUGUCAAGGUCGUGGAACUUGUCCGCAUCAUUGCGGGCCCCGUCAUCGGAAACACACUCGCAGCUUUUGGUGCAGAUGUGAUCCGUGUCGGAUGCGACAAGCUCCGUGAUCUGAACGUGCUGCAACUCUCCUUGAACACGGGAAAGCGGACCAUCAACCUCGACCUCAACAGUCCCGAAGACAAGCAACGUCUUCACGACCUCCUCCAAGACGCCGAUGUCUUCGUGCAGGGUUUCCGCCCCAAGACCAUCGCCCGCAAGGGCUUCGGUCUGAAUGACUUGCUCUCUCUCGCCGGCACCCGCGGCAAGGGCAUCGUUUACGUCGAGGAGAACGCCUUCGGGCCGGAUGGCAUCUUCCACGAGCGUCCCGGAUGGCAGCAAAUCGGCGACGCCGCGUCGGGAUCGUCGUACGUCACCGGCCGCUCCCUAGGCUACACGGACGGAACCAGCGUGCUGCCGCCGCUGCCCAUCUCCGACAUGACAACCGGUCUGCUCGGUGCGUUGGGCACCAUGCUCGCCCUCCGUGACCGCGCGCGCACCGGGGGUUCCUACCACGUGCUGAGCUCGCUUGUUGCUGCUGAUGAGAUUGCUCUCCGGCCCGAAAUCGGCCUGUACAGCCCUGAAGUCGUGGCGAAGAAUGUGGAAACGUUCAAGUGGGGAACUAUGGGACCUUCGCAGUAUGUCACUGAGGUGUUGAAUUUGGUUAUGGAUGGGUGGAAAAGGGUGUUUCCGGAGCAUUUGACGCCGGGGACGGAGCAGUCGUUUAUGGUGGGUUUUGAGGAAAGUGUUUGGGGGAAGAUGGAGAUGUUGAAGCCGGUUGUAAAGAUUGGGGAUGAGGCGGUUAGCCCGAGGUGGGAGACGCCUACGGUGCCAAAUUGUGGGCAGGAUAAGGGUAUUACUUGGCUGUAG